GUCAUUGGCUAUAAUGUGCUGAGUUUACACAAUACUAUUGGCUCACUCAGAUGUCAUUGUUGUUUCCUAGCUGAACGUGGCAACUCCUGGAACAAGCAUAAUCCACAACGUUGUCUCAGGGGUCUGAAGUCCGAAUUCACCGAUAUAGCCCACCGUGCUGAAAAGUUGUUCCCCAUUCUCACUCACCUGACGGUUGAAACAGGCAACAAAUAUGGCAUCAUGGAUUAUAAAAAUUGCCUUGAUGGCAAUGAGUAUCUUAAUCGAAACUACAGAAGGGAAAAAAGACAAGGUGCUGUAUUGUUCAGCAUGCAGGGCUAUUGUUGAUGAGCUCAAUUAUUCAAUCAGUCAGAUUGAUCCGAAGAAGACCAUCAAUGUGGGAGCCUUCAGACUCAAGCCUGAUGGGAGCCUGACUGAUAAAAAGGUACCUCUUGCUAGAUCUGAGACCAACUUGAGUGAGCUUCUGGAUGGAGUUUGUGGUAGCAUGAGUGACUAUGCUCUUCAUGUGGACCCAGACACCAAGAAAAAGCAAUACAAAAGAUUUGCUCCAAGAAGUUCUGAUGCCGGGGAUUUUCCUGAUUUUAACAAUUUCAAGUUUGAUGGCCCAGAGGGAUCCAAUGCCCUAAAAUUUGCGUGUGAAAGCAUUGUGGAGGAAUUUGAAGAUGAUAUCAUCUCUCUUUUUGCCAAAGAGACAGACCAUGUGGUCGACAAGUUAUGCAAUGAAGUAUCAGAUCACUGUAAAGGCACAAAAUUCCAGAGUGACGAACUAUAGUUUUACAUGCGUCUCUGCUGCGGGUGAUUGGACCAGUUUAGAUAUAUAUAUUUCAAAUGAAGAAAUAAUGCUUGAAGGAUAUUGUAUCAAUCAAGUUGCAUUCUUGCAGUGGGGGGAAAAACCUACAUGAGAGCCUUAAUAGUUAUACAUGGGCCUGAUAUAACCACCUCCCUAUAACACAAAUUAGUCUAAGUGCCUAAAUCAAGUAAAUUAUCGUCCCAAUUGUGAUAACACUCAUAUCUCAGAGCACACCGGUUGUAAAUUCACCUACAGAUUGAACACUUCCUCCAGAGGAGAUUUCUUUGUGCUAUAUAUGCCAGGAAAAAGCUCAACUUCAUGGACAAUGUUCAAUUUUCAUAUAAUGACCCUCACAGCUUCAUCAUAUAAUGACAAUUUGGGGGGGUUUAUGAUCUAAAUAUGUUAAUUUCAAGGGAAAUAAUUUAUCAUUUUGGUACAGUUUUACACAAAAUGUAUCUAUACUUCUUUGUUUUCGAAAAACAUGUCAGACCUUUGGCCAAAGAACAAAUGCAUGGGUCAAGCUUUCACUGGCUACAUGUGACAAAUGAAACCCUAUGAACCAGACUAGUUGAAUACAAACAAGAUACAAUAUAUAAUUUUCAUUACCAUCAGGAAUUACAGCAUUUCCCCCAUACUGCACUUCUAGUUCUUUCAAAACAAAAGUCUUCAACUUGUUGCAUUUUCCUUUAAAUUGUGUGUUGGGAGUUUGUUCUGGUUUAAGAAAGUGUAAACUUUUCUUUGUGUGUAUAGCGUCUCUGGGUGUCUAGGGCUUGAGCUUAACUUCAUGAUAGAUCAAGGGCUACCAAGGUGCUGUUGGCAAGGGGCUCAAAGUGGCAGGACAAACUGGACCACUAAAUGCUCAUUUUUUAUGCAUGUUAGUUCCUUUGCAGUAUGCUGAGUGGACUGUUGAAGGGGGUUUCUCAGAUGAAAUGCAACCCUCACACAGGUAAUGGGAACUAUAUGAUAAACUAUUUGUACAAUUUCUCAAAUGUAAUUUCAAUGGUCCAGGAAGACCAUCUCAUUCAGAAAUGUUGUGAAAGUGAAUCUUUCCCUUUGUCUCUACAAAGUUCAGUCACUGAGCUGCGGCAUUAACUUGUAUUCUAACAAGAUUAAAAUAUAUUUGUCCUGGAGAUUAGCAUACUUAAGUCCUCUUUUGCCUUUUUGGUAGUGGCAGUGUGCUUUGAUCUGUGUUGCGUGGCAAGAGCCUAGCUUGGGCCCGGCCAUCCGAGUGCCAAGUGUGAAAUUGGCCUGAUGUCAUCCCUAUUCUUCACCAUAUACAUCUUUCACCAGCUUAAUUAUAUUUCCGCCACAAAGCCCUAGCUCUUCAUUCCAUAUUCAAGUUUGACUAGGAAGCGUUUAAAAACUAUGGAUGAAUAACUCAGUGGGGGGAAGGGACAGGAUGGGUCUUUUGUUUGAGAGACACACGAGGCAUCCAAUACUUUUCUGAUAUGUAUGUUCUUUUUGAAUCAGACUGCCCUUUGCCUCUGCCAAUUGGAAGAGGUUAAAUUUUAUGGCACAGGAUAUGUGAACUUAUGAUAACUAACACGUAGGGCAAGCUAUUUAUUUAGUUGUCUUUGUGCAUUUGAAUGUGGACCUUUUUUUAAGGUCUUGUGACUAGUGGUGGCUGGAGUGGUCAAAUCAUUUUCAGGUCGAGGCAGGCAAUGAAAAUGUGUUAGAACUUACUAUCCAAACUUUAACUUUCAUCAACAUGAAGAAUUCUCCAUGGACUUGUUGUGUACUUGAUGCACAGAUUUGUCCUGUUGAAGAAAAAAAAAAAUAUUUCAAAAGAUUAUUCUCUAAUACUACUAACCACCUAGCAAUUUUAUGAAGUUGGCUUUAGCUAGCACAUAUAGGUUCCCAAUCUCCCUAAACAGAAGUCUUCAACUUGUUGCAAUUUCCUAGAAAUUGUGUUUUGGGAGUUUAUUCUGGUUUAAGAAAGUGUCAGCUUUAUGUGUAUAGCUGUCUAGGGCUUGAGCUUAACUUCAUGACAGAUCAAGGGUUACCAAGGUGCUGUUGGCAAGGGGCUCAAAAUGGCUGGACAAACUGGACCACUAAAUGCUCAGUUCCUAUGCAUGUUAGUUCCUUUGCAGUAUGAUGAGUGGACUCCUGGAGUGGGUUUCUCAGAGGAAAUGCAACCCUCACACAGGUUAUAAGGACUAUGAUAAACUAUUUCUCAAAUGUAAUUUCAAUGGUCCAGGAAGACUAUCUAAUUCAGAAAUGAUUUGACCACUUGUGUGUUGUUGAUGCUCAGUUGUGUUGUUGAUGCUCAGAUGCAGAGGUGUCAUGCCCAUAGGGGGCACGUGCUCCCUCAGAUUGGUCCUGUUGUAAUACUACUAGCCAACUAGCUGUUUUAUGAAGUUGGCUUUACCUAAGACAUCUAGGUUCCCAAACUCAUGACUAGCUACCAAGAAGCCAUUUCAGGCUAUCAAUGCUGUUAGAAUAGCUCACUUGUUUCGUGGUACGUGCCCCAGCAUACUGCAAAGGAACUAUCUUAGCUGGCAUGACUCACAUUCCUUUCAAUAUUUUACCCACAUUAGUGCAGAGAUGCAGAGAAGCAUAUUUAAUUCUACAAAAAAAAUUAACUACCAGUCAGGACAGAUCUUAAUUUUAGCCAGUUUGCUACAACAACAAAAAAGAAUCCUGCAGCGACAGGAAAUGUGGAUGAAAAUUAAUGGAGAUUUUUUUGUAAGGGUUGAUGUAUUUUUUGUUAGGGCAAAUCAAUUCUGACACUUUUAAAGUGGAAAUUACACACUUUAGAAGCCUUUUUAAACUUUGAAUACACUACAAUUUUGCAUUUACUGAUGUACAAGAAAAUUCUCAGCAUCAAAAUAGUCAUCAAACAUCUACAUCUGUAGAAUUAAGCAUAAUGAUUAUGGCUCUAGAUUUAAGUAAAAAAUGUACUGCUAAAUUCUAAAAUUUUGGACUGGGGUGGGGAGGGGCUAGCGUAAUUUGUUCCCCAUCAUAUUUUUGAGGUGCUCAAUAGACAUCAUUCAUCACUGUUAUCGAGAGUUGAGGUACAAGCUUAUUGAGGAUGGAUUUUUUUACAACAUUUUGAUAUUUACAUAAUUUUAUGAGACUCCUUUUUAGGGACAUUUUGAAUUCUGAUGUGUAGAAGAAGUGAUGGGUUAAAGGAAAUGAGCCUCCUGCAGCUGUGACCGAAGGCUUUGACCUUCAUCGGGCUCCCGGCCACAGACUCCAUUGAGGAACCAACCAAGUUGCUCAGCUCAGCGUCUGAGAGGCACCAGCUUUUCUCAACCCAGAGAGCUCAUCAAGUCAGUGACCGUUGGGUGUUACUUCCACAUACAAGCUGGGAAAGAAUAGAAAUGCAGAUGAGGUUCUGGGGCAUUGAGGAGCAGGUCAAUACUGCGAAUGGUCCGCACAGAUAAUUCUCCCUUUUGUGUUUGGAUCCUUUUCUAAUUUUUUUUUAAAGCAUCAGGUAAUACUGAGACCGCAGAGUGUUGUAACCUGUAUUGGUGACUGAAGUUCAGUCAUAUUUGAUUGCAUUUGAAUUGCUUGGUUAUGUAUGGCAGUUUUGAAAUCAACAUGAGUAUAGUGUAUUAUGAUCAUAUUGAAAAGGUGUCAUUGUGAUCUGGAUUUGACCAACCUUACUUGGUUGAUGUAUGUUAGGGGAAAUUGAUCUUGUUGAUAAGAGACUCCGUUACAGGCAGAAACUAGGGAUGGGAUAGCUCUCAACAUUCUGGGUUAUUAACUUCUCUGUUUCCAAACAACACAGGAAAGUCUCAAUGUUCAUUUAAUGAGGAUAUGUAUCCUAUUGAACCUACUAGUUUGAAUGUUUCCAUAAGCUUUAAAUUCCCACUUUGUUAUCUGCUGUGGACAUGUCUGACAGAGCAACUGAGUGAAGAUGCUGUCGUGGGAUUCCUACAACACUUUGAGAUCCUUAAAGAGUUUUGGCACAUUUAAGCAAUUUCGGGAUACAGAAAUAAUGUGUACAACUGUACUACAUUUUGCUGUUGAGAUGCUGAGUCUUCAUGUUAGGCUCCUAAGCUCUAUUCAUGACUACUAAGUAUAGGUGGCUUGCAUUCAGCAUAGUGCACCGUUGACUUGAGAAAUGGAAAUCUGUAUUUUGACUUCGCUAUGACUUGUGGGGUGGUCACCCGACUAAAAUGAGGUAUACUAUGCUGCAUAUCACUUAGGCUGUCUAUAACAGCAUGGUGCGCCUUGUGCAAGUUCAUGUGUAACUUUUUUUGUGGUCAACAUUUUGGUAGUAGUUUUCAUUUAGUAAAUACAUUUUAGAAUGUUUGCCUGGUGAAACUAACAGUCAUAUUUUCCAUUGUCAUUGGGGACAAGAUACUUUCUCUAUAUACCAUGUUUGAAUUCUGUUCAUUUUGAACAAUUAAACUUUUUUUUUAAGGAACUUGAACUCUGCAAGUAGCCCUAUUACAGUAGGCCAUUACUAGCAUUUAAUGUCUAUGUAAACACCACUUUAAUUGCAGACUGUGAAAUAAAGUAUAACCAUAAUUUUGAUGCAUGAAAUCAUGUAUUCUUUCAAGGUUUAUUUAGCUGAGGACCACCUGCAAAUAGCCAAUUACACAAUGCUGUUUACUCUUUAUGAGAAAACAAGUCCACAUAUGUCUAUUGAGAGCUAGCCCAUCCAACUAGCCCAACAGUGAACUCGCAUCAUAGUUUAUUCCAAAAACUUACCAACUGCUUAUUAGAGGAAAAUAUUUUUUGAAGUUGCCCUAUUGCCCACAUUUUGUUCUGUACUGUUUAGCAGAAUGAAAUUUCCCUUGCUGUCUCAUUAACCUUCAAGACAGGCCAGUAAUUGUUAUGCUAAUUGAUAUUACGUUGUUUCAACACACAUGUGACUUGGCCAUAUCACAUUUAUGCCUCAGAAAUUAUUCCCAGAGUGGAUGUUUAUGAAUUAACAGUAGGCUAUUAGUCAGCCUGUAUUUUUAGAGUACUGAUUAUGUUGUUUAUUGUUUAUAAGCACAAAAGAAAAUAAAGGAUUUAAAAUUG